GAUCACGUGAUUGAAUCGGAGGUCACGUGUCCUGAAAUGCAGCUGAUUGGUUAAUCGAAUCAACGGCGGUUGUUCGACAUCCAAAAAACAGUUGAGGUUCCGGAAUACGAAGACUUCGUUCUCGUCACGCAUGGAAAGAGUAUGGCUCCCGAAUUAGGCCUGGAUGAUUUUCCAACACUGAAGUUAAAACAUGUCCAUAUUAGAGACAAAAAAUGUCUGUUGAAAACAAUAAAUACAAUUCUGAAAGAUGGACGUAAUGCUUUGCAGGUAGUUACCGAUUUUGACUUGACACUAACAAAACAACAUGUUAAUGGAAAAAAAGUUCUCAGUAGUUUUGGGAUAUUUAGUAAAUGCAAGCAGCUUCCUGAAACUUACAGAAGAGAAUCCAAUCGCCUUUAUAAAAAAUAUAGACCAAUUGAAAUAGAUCCCACAUUACCAGUUGAAAUAAAAGCAGAAGCAAUGACAAAUUGGAUGAUAGCAGCAGAAAAUAUAUUAAAGGAUAUACCGUUUGAUCAAAAAGAAAUAUCAGAAGUAGUCAAAAUUUAUGGAUCAGAUUUAAGGGAUGGUACUAAAGAACUUUUUAAAAAACUGCAUUCCGCUGGAAUUCCGGUACUCGUUUUUAGCGCUGGCUUAGGGGACGUUGUUGAAGCUGUUUUAAGAACCCAAGGAGUUUUAUUUGACAACGUGAAGGUUAUCUCCAAUUUUCUUAAAUACAAAGACGGAAAAAUAGUAGGAUUUGAGAAUGAAAGACUAAUUCAUGUUUUUAAUAAAAAUGAACAUACAAUUGAACAAGAAUACUUGAAAGUUCUUGAAGGAAGAAGAAACGUUUUUUUAAUGGGUGAUACUACAGGAGAUGCAUCAAUGGUGGAUGGGAUGGGAGAUAUAGGUGCAGUGAUAAAAGUUGGUUUUCUUUAUGAUCAUAUUGAAAGUAGUCUGUCCUCAUUCAUGGAAAAAUUUGAUAUUGUUUUGGUUGAUGAUCAAACAAUGCAAAUUCCAAUUAAUAUUCUAGAACCACUACUAUAAUGUAUAUUACUAAUUAUAAUUUAAUUAUAUAUAUAUAUUUUUAUUUAUAACAUCCUUUAAUUCAAUUCCUGGUAAAUAACAUCACUGUAAUUACAAUUAAUUUAAUUUAAUUUGUCUAAUUUAAAACACAUCAUUUUAUGUCU